AUGGGUCUCUGGACACAGAUCGCUCCGUAUCUUUCGGCGCAGCCAGCACUCGAGAUGGCCGAUGUCGACAAGGUUGAUCUGAAUGAUAGGGAAUUCGAGAAACGGGUCAUCAGGAAACAAGACAUGUAUCUGCUCCCGUGGAUGUGUAUAACAUAUCUCCUCUGCUACCUUAAUCGUAUCAGCCUGGGAAAUGCUCGGACUCUGAAUGACAACCGACCGGAGGACAACAUUCUCAAACAGCUGGAACUUUCAGGAUCGCGGUACAGCAUCGUGAUUGCUGUUUUCUUCGUACCCUAUGUCAUUUUCGAGUUUCCAGGCACUCUGCUAAUGAGGCACUUCUCGCCGAGCAAGUGGAUCGCUCGAAUCGUCAUCUCAGUCGGACUGGUAGCCAUGAGCACAUCGGCCGUCUCCAACUUCUCGACACUCUUGCUGGCCCGGUUCUUCUCGGGGGCCGCGGAAGCGGGCUUCUCUUCUGCAGUCAUGAUGCAUCUUUGCUUCUGGUACAAGCCGGAAGAACGGGCGACCCGAAUGGCCAUCUUUGCCUCGAGCGUGGCCCUAGCCUGCGCUUUCGGAGGACUCAUCGCUUCUGGUAUUUCUUUCCUGAAUGGCUUCGGCAGCUUGUCCGGUUGGCAGUGGCUUUUCAUUCUGGAAGGCACACCUGGCGUUCUCGUCGGACUAGCAGCCUGGUUCUUGUUGCCAGAUUAUCCCCAGACAGCGUCAUGGCUGACGCCCGAGGAGAGGACGUUCGCCGUUCAGCGUCUCGGUCCAUGCGCGCCUACCAUGGGCGACACCACCUGGGACCGCGAGACGGUCAAAAAAACUCUGAUCGACCCUGUGUUCUGGCUCUACUCUAUACAGUACUUUCUCAUGACGAACGCGCUCAACGCCUUUGGGUACUUUGCUCCAUCGAUCGUGGCGAAUUUGGGAUUCUCCGGGAGCGCAGGCCAGCUCAUGACCGUGCCUCCCAACCUGUUCGCGCUCUUGGUGGUUGUCGGAGCUUGCAUUCACAGCGACAGAACCCAAGAGCGGUCCAAACAUAUAGUGUGUGCCCUGGUGUUUGUGGCUACUGGAUACUUGGUACUGGCGUCAGUCAAGAACUGGGCCGUACGGUAUGCGGCUGUGUGUAUCAUCGCCUCAUCGAACGGCUACUGUCAAGGGCUCUACGGCAACCGCGGUUGCGACAGGCGGUAUGGUCGCCAUUUCCAACUGCGCCGGCAUCUCGGCGCCAUUUCUGUUCCCGGCCUGGUCAGCUCCAAUGUACAGCAUGGGAAACUGGACGAUAUUCUCUUUCCUGGUCGUGUCGAUUUUGACGACCCUGUACGCGUGGUAUCUUUUGGGCAGCCACAGCGGAUACAGGCCAAGUAUCUCUGCUCACUGCGUGGGUGA